AUGGUCCAUCAACGUAGCUUCCUGACAUUGUCAGUCCUCUCCUUGGCCACAAUCGCGGCGGCUCGCCCCGAUAACCUGAGAGCACGAACGCCGCCAAACCCCAACACCUGUCCCUGUCUGCCGGAGGGCACACCGAGCGUAAUCACCAAGACUGAGACCGCCCAUUCCACAGUCUACCAGACCGCUUCCGCUUCUUUCGUCCAGGAGACCGUCACGGCUACCCUCACAGUCACGCGCCAACCAGUAACUCAGACCGAGACCCGAACCGUCCACGUUACCAAGACCAAGACCGCCGAGGAGCAGGAACAAGUCACCGUCACCUGCACCGAAGUCAUCAGCGAAGGCCCUGAUGGCUCAGCAACUACCAAGACCAAGCCGCCCGGAGACCACGAGCACACCAAGACGAAGACGCGCACUGGCCAUGGGGGCUCUGAGACGACUGCGCCGGGCCAUGAUGACGAUGAGCAAGCCACCCAGACAGACUCGGUUUCCGCCUCUGCAACGGCGACGGCAACGGCAACGGCAACGGCAACGCACACCGGCUCGAACGGCGGUAAGCCGACCAACAAGCCUCCACAUGGCGGUGAUGGCGGCGACGGCGGCGACGGCGGCGAUGAUGAUGACAAUGGCAAUGGUUCCAACCCGACUUCAGCCCACCACUGCAACCACUGGAACGGCAGCAAGUGCGUCAAGCCGACCGAUGUCCCCAGCGACUCCGCCGUUACUCUCACUGCCACGGCCACGGCAACCGCAACGGCGACGGGCACGACGACCGAUAACGCUUUGCCGACCUACUCGGUCUGCUCCGUCUCUGUGGCUCUCGUUACCGUCUAUAAUACGGUUACCGCGACUGUCUACCAGACCGGCACAGCUCCUGUACACAAGCCUCGCGCGCCAACAGCAUUGGCCGCCUGGUAG